UUGUGUAACACUACGAUACAUUUAGAAAUAAAAAUGCCGGAAGAUCAAUCUAUUAGUCCGGACUUGGAAAAAGUUCUUGAGCACUUGGACGAUUUCGCACUCAAUGCUCAGAAUUAUCAAACUAUACAUGAUGCUUUAGAAAAAACACAAGGAAACAUUAAAGUGCCGGUUGUGGAAAGAUUACUUAAUAUGUGCGUACGCGAUUUAAAAGAAGAUAUGAAAAAUACCGUCAACACAUUAAAUGUUUUGGUUGCUGUUUUGAAAAAAAUUAAGGCAGGAGAAUUACAUCAACUGCCAGACCUUGUGCCAUCAGCUGUUGCUGUUCUUGACAUUAUUAAAACCACAGCACUACUCAAUAAAGUAGAAGGACUUAAGAUGCUGUGUUUUGAAGUAUUACUGUCUUAUCCUAAUGAUGUUCUUGUUACUUUAGCGGUAAGCCAUUAUACUGAAAUAAUGGAGAUGCUGAAUUUAUACUGUCACCACAGAAUUCCAUUGGAGAUGAGGCUGCAGCCCAUGAACAUAAUCUUCAAAUUAUUAAAAAUUUUGCCACCUGACAAAAAAACUCUCUUUGUGAGGGAGGGUGUCGGGGUCUGGUUUUCUAAGGUAGUACCAACAGUAAUGGCUUUUGCAACUUCUGUAAAUACAAAGAACACUAUGCCCAUUGAAACACUUGAGAUGUUGACAGAGGAACUUGUUGCUAUUGACUAUGCUGAUCAUCCUAAUUGGCAAACGGUUCUUGAGUGCAUUUACACACCACAUAAGUACCCAGCAAUCAUGAAGAAUCUUUUAGAAGAAGGCAGUGAUGUAUGGUGCCGAUUAUGGAUGAUUUUUAUUAAAUUACUUAAGAAUCAGAUUACCAAGACCAAUAAUUCUGUUGGAAGUCCUAUUAACUCAAUGUUGCCAGUUGUAGAAACAGCAUUUAAAAUGAAUGUAAAAAAUAGGUGUAGAGCAUUUUUAUGCUGGAAUGUUUUGAUAGACAACUUUUCUACUGAAACCAAUGAAGUUUACAUAAAUAAAAGACUUAAGUUACUUAUAAUUCCACUGACGUCCAACAAUGCAAAAUUUGAAGAGACUGCUUUAGCUAAGCUUAAUACUUGGUGGCAUUUAAUAAGACAAUUUGAAACAAAAAUUGAAAAGUUCUCUGAUACAGUUCUUCUUCCUUUCCUACAUUUUUGCUUUGGCAAAUCAACAGUGACCGAGAAACCAGUGUUUGCUCCUGGAUUGCUUACAAUUAAUACAAAAAGGCAAGUCUUGCAAGCAUUUGCCAACAUUGCAGGUCAUGUUAAUUGCGACUGUACUGUGAACAUUGCUAAACUAAACAGUAAAAUACUCACUAGUAAAUUGUUAGUUAGUCAUUGGAAAACUUGGGUGAACUCAUUAACUAUGACGAUAAGGAUAUGCGUCAAUGAUAAUAGCGAUUCUGCCACUCAACACUUCAAAUGUAUUUGGAAAUCAUUUGUUGCAACUAUUGCUGAAGUAUCCGACAGCAAUAUUAGGCAUAAUUUAUUUAUUGAACUAUUGACGGUACUAGAGGUACUACUACAGAGCCCACGCUGUGACAAGCUUGCAGACUUAAUCUUUAAUGUAGUGACAUAUUCGUUACUUGACCACAAUGAAAAGGUUCAACCUUUGUUCAAGGCAGAAAAUGAAGAAAACAACCCCAUCCAUAAAAUUCUCAAUUUAAUUUUGAAUCCUAAACUUGACUAUGUUUUCACAAGAUAUGAUGCCAAAGAAAUUGUUACGAAAAUCAAACCAUUAACAAACUUCAUUGCUGAUGAAUAUUUAAAUCAAGUAAUAGAGGGCUAUUUAAAGAAACCAUUAGUCAAAAAUAACAGCCUAAUGCUAUGGACUGCAUUGUCUGAAUCCAUUUGCAAAUUGAAAUGUGACACUAAUAUUGAGAUGUUGCGCAACAUGCUAUUGUUGCCUUUGAAGUCAAUGAGUUUGUUUACAUCGGUGGAAAUAUCUGUUUCGGCAUGGUUUUUGUUAUACAAUUAUGGAAAUAGUAAAUUAAACACCACUUCCAUUGACGAAGAUAUAUCUGAAAUGACUUCUGAUCGUAAUUUUACAAGCGCGGCAAAUAAAUGUUUUAUAUUCAAAGCUUCAUUGGCCAUUUUAAAAAAUAGAAUAGCAAGUGAAAAUGAAAAUCUCAUUUUCAAGAUCGCUGAGACACUCCAGUAUGUUACUAACGGAAUGGAUUACCUAUAUGUUGAACAUGAUCUUCCAUUUUUCAUGAACAUUUUAAUUUUGUUACUUAACAAAGUUAAUAAAGUAACGGAUACGAAAUUGGCUGAAACAACCAUAUUGAUGAUUAAUAAUCUUUUGAAAAUAAUAUCAAGAUACUACAAGCAACAAAGUGAAAAUGACAAUCAAAUAUUAAAUAUUGUUGUUAAAAUUUUCGAGCCCAUGGAUUUAUUAUUUCGUAAAGAAGAUUAUACUAACCUUAAGUCAAUAAUAUUGGACGAGUUAAAAAAGUUCAUGCCUUAUCUAAAACAUAAUAGUGUAGAGAAAAGUGUACUUACGACCGUAAACAAUAUUUUAAACCAAAAAUUAAAUAAAAGUCAACCUGCAGCUAUUUUAAAUACCAGUGUGCCGCCACCUGGUGAUCAAAAAUUACAUGAAAAUAAAGUAAGUGUCUCAAAUUUGAGUUCAGACGAUCAUAACAAGUUUACUGCACCAGUGGUUAAACCAGUUACUAAGAAAGGAAAGAAAAAGGAAUCAACCAUUAUUGAUACGGUUGUUGAGAAUGGAGAAGAAUAUGUUGUUGUGCAGUCAAAUUGGAAGUUUAAUCCAAAAAAGUUAACUGACAAUCAAAAGGAAAAGUUACAAAGAAAGAGAGAAGAUAUACCUGCUUUGUAUCAAGAUUUGUCUCAAUCUCAGGAUGAGUUUAAAAGAGCUUUUAGAACAAAUUCAGUUGACUCCACAAGUAGCAGCAAAUCUAACACCACAGAAAAAGAAGAAACCUCAUUAAUAUUAAAAAACAUGCCAUGUUCCAGUGUCGUACCCCAAAUAAUUGAGAAUAUUUUAACAGAAUGUGUUAAAAACGCUAAUCCAGAUAAUAUAAACAGAGAAAUAAUAGAAAAUAAUCCUAAUAAUGAUCAGAAACAACUAGAUAUUAAAAGCCCUAAGUCACCUCGAGUUAAUUUAAAAGAUAGAGUAUGUAGAAAUGUCCGAAAUUUGAUAGAAAAAUCCGGUAUGCAAAAAGACGUAGGUGAAUUAAAUUCCACCGUCAGUGAUAAUUUUCUAAAAACCCCGCCGCCGAAGCAAAAUUUUAAUACUAAUAUUGUUAAUUCCGCACCUCCAGAAAUAACUUCUGAAAGACCCUCUCGAGUAAAGAGAAUGCCAAAGAAAUUUGAUGAUCUCAACUUAUUGUCCCGUAAGAAACAAAGAAAUUCAGUAAGCCGAAAUGAUUCUCCGAUGUCUAGUGAAAAUGACAGCGAACCGCAUUCUGAAGCAAAAGUAAUUGAAAGUGCUAUACAGGGCUUCGAGAAAAAUGUAAACGGUAAUACUGAGGUAACACACAACUCUGAUAAUAAUGUAUCUCAAGGCCAGACCAAAAAUUCAGAAUCAUCUCAAAUCCAAGAUGAAAGUACAAAUGUCAAAGUCAACGUUGAGACGAAAAAGAAAACUGAAAAUUUGGAAAAUGGCGAGACAAACAUUCCUUCUACAUCUAGUGAUCUUUCAUGUACACUUGAAACUGUAAGUGAAACGGACUCCUGUAAUGUAAGUGAUGACAAAAAUUCGUUGACGCCAAAUAAUGCAAACAAAGUCGAAAUAUCGUCAAAAUCAAGUUCCAAAAAAUGUGGUAAAAGAAAAUCUCGUAUAGAAAAAGAAUUAGCUAUUGAUAUGGUUGAGGGACAUCCAUUUUUGAAAAUGCAGUCAGAAAAGCGGUUAACGAGAAAAUAUGUUAUGGAUACUUCACCUACUGUAAAAAAGAGAAAAAGUUUGGUAGAAAAAUUGAAUAAGUUGAAAACUGACAAAAGUUCAUCAAAAUCUGACAAAAAAAUGAAAGAUAAGGAUAAGUCCGACAAAACAAGUAACGAAAAACAAAACGAUUCAUUAGAAGAUUUUUCUUCAUCUCAGUCUCAAGAUGUAAUUGAAAGUUCUCAAGAUUCUACUAUUUCAACUAUAUCGACUAUAUCAGCAAAACCUGCAAAAAUAUUAACAAAAAAAAUACCCAUGGUAACUUUGGAAAAUAUAAAAGAAAUUCCCAAAGGGUUAAAAGUGCUUCAAGAUAAAGAAAUUUCUUCACAUGAAAAUACAGACACAAGUGUAAUAGAGAAUAAUAAAUCCUCAACCUCACAAAAUAACACUGACAUUGAACUACCCUGCAAUAAAACAGCAGUUGAAGAAAAAAUUGAUUUAGAAUUAACUGAAAAUAUGGACACGGAACCCGCUGAAUACAACUCUAGUUCAGGAGAAGUCAUAGAAAUUAUAGAUGAUGACCCACCGAUUGUUAUCAACACUGACGACACUUACACAGAUUCAAGUACACGCGACACAGCUAAUGCUGAUACUGAAUCACUAGAUCCAGCUUUGUUACUUGAAGAUAUCAGCUCUAGCAAAUUACCUGUCUCAUCUGCUAUCGACCAAUGUACUACAGUAUCUGAAAAAAGCUAUAGCGAGGAUAAUGAUACUCAAAAUGCAACUACACAAAGUUUGGAAACUACACAAACAAUAAUUGAACCAUCGGCAAAUUCUCAAUCAAAAGAUGUUAAUACAGAUUCUUCUCCUUUCAAGGAUGAAGCACAAAGAAAACAAGAUUUUAUGAAUAACACACUGGAGAUAUCGCCCAUUAAAACAAUGAGUCCUGUACAACAAGAAGAAAAACAAUCACCUCCCGAAACUAGCAGUGAUUUUGUAGUUAUAACAUUAUCAUCUCCUGUUCAAAGUAAUGGAGAACCAUUUGAUAAAUCUGACUCACCCGAAAUAUUCUCAAAUGAUAAAUUAUCCCCUGACAAAAGAGAUCAAUCACCUCCAAGGGAAGAAUUUAUAAUUAAUAAUUCGAGUCCUAGCUCUUCCCUAUCCUUAAAGAAAAAUCGACCGCAAGUAAGACCUAGUGGCAGAGCAGCGCAGAUGCUAGGCUUGUGUGUACCUGAUAGGCUACAGACCAUAAUUAACCCAGAAAAAUCUACAGAGCCUGAGGAGAAUAAAAAAUCCAUGGCUAUGAAUACGUCAGCCAAGCGCAAUUUACGAAUAUUAUAUAAUUCCACCAAUGAAAACAAUGAAUCGUGUGAUGAAAAUGAAGACAGUGACUAUUUUCUGAAGUUCAAGCGUUCCCUUCCUACAGCAGACAUUAGUCCUUCUGGUCCUAUAUUGAAAAGGAAGCUCGCUGACAUCAUUGAUGAGGCAACCGUUUCUCCCGCAUCUAAAAGAAAAAGAGUUAGUUUUCACGACCCACCUGUAUCCACAACUAUUUGCGUUAAAAAGUACAUAGAACCAAGUGGCAUUCGUUCACCUCAGAAUUCUGCUUUAAAACGCCAGGAAAGACAGAUACGAGCUCCGACUAAUAUGAAAUCACCAAAAAGACUUGAUAGUGUAUUUAAGUUAGAAAAUGUGCUGACGAAAACUGUGGAAAGUUUUGUUGAAAAUGACAAAAAUAUGACAAAUGUUGAUGACAGCGAAAUGAGUUCUCUUGAACAAACACCUGUAGCAGAGGUUCUUAGAACGACUGACUUAAAUGACACAGACCCUAUUUGUCCAGCACUCGUUAAUUGCAAGGAUCCAAUUGAUAACAUUGCAACAGAACUGUCAUCCCCUGCUAUGAAAUUAUUACUAAUAAGAGAAUUCGAGGGAAAGGUGGAAACGGUUGGGGACUUAGCAAAAAUGACAGAAUUAGAAGUAAAUAGAUUAUGUAUUAAGGCUCCUAAAGUUCAAGUAGCAAAAAGAGUGUUAUCUGAUUAUGCUUCCAAAAUAGAAAUGUUGGAUCAAGUAGAAUUAACCAAUGAAGUCCAUGAAAAAGAUCAAACAAUGGAUUUGAAAUUUAAUGAAUGUGAUAAUCAAAUACAAACAGAUGAGGUGUCAAAAAAUAGUGAGUUGCUAACAGAAGCACUGUUGGUGACUCCAGCAUCUACACAAACAGAUAAUGUAUUAACUCAUAAUAUUGCCGCACAAACUAAUGAAUCUGGAGAGAUGUCCACAUCCAGUUUAAUUACAUCAUCUUUAAAAGAGAGACCUGACUUUGUAAGCAGGCUAAGUAAGCAACUUGACGAAACUUCUAAGCAGGAGAUUGCCCAUAAUAUGUCCCUUGACAAUGUUACAAAGAUGUUAUUAAAGAAAAUAACUAUAACCAAUUCCUUUGACACAAUAAGCAUGUUAUUGGAACAUCAUCGUACACUCGGCCCUUCUGAAGAUAAUAAUAAUCAGUUAUCAGUUAUACAAAAUUAUUUGUGUAACAGGUUUGAUACAAAGGAUUUAAUUUUAUUCUGUAGUGAAUUAUUACGAAAAGUUUAUGAAAAACCCGCGUAG